GAAUGCAGCGUGGUGACGUCACACAGGCGGGGCGGCAAAGAGGAAGGCAGCAAAGGCCCACCAUUUUAACACAAGUCAGAAGAUUUUAUUUGUUUUACUUUGCUCUGACCCAGUGUGAACACUAGCAUUAAAGAUGGGGAACCGGGUCGCCCGUGAGGACUACGAAUGGGUUUAUACCGACCAGCCGCACGCUGACAGAAGGAAGGAGAUCUUGGCUAAAUAUCCCCAAAUCAAGUCCCUGAUGGGUCCCGACCUGAGGCUGAAGUGGAUCGUGUGCACCAUGGUGGCUAUCCAAUUUCUAGCGUUCUAUCUGGUGAAAGAUUUGGAUUGGAAAUGGGUCCUUUUUUGGACGUACGCCUUCGGGAGCUGCAUCAACCACUCAAUGACCCUCGCCAUCCACGAGAUCUCCCACAACACGGCCUUUGGAAACAACAAAGCUUUGUGGAACCGAUACUUUGCCAUGUUUGCCAACCUCCCCAUCGGCCUGCCCUACUCGGCCUCCUUCAAACGCUACCACUUGGACCAUCACCGCUACCUGGGGGGAGACGGCGUGGACGUGGACAUCCCCACCGCCUUUGAAGGCUGGUUCUUCUGCACCCGCUUUCGCAAGUUCAUCUGGAUUAUUCUGCAGCCUCUGUUCUACGCCAUUCGACCUCUUUGCAUCAACCCCAAGCCCAUCAGCCAGUUGGAGCUGACCAACGUUGUUCUCCAGCUGGCCUUUGACGUUCUGCUCUACCGGGUGUGGGGGGUCAAGCCUGUGGUGUACAUGCUGGCCGGGUCCAUGCUGGGGAUGGGUCUCCACCCCAUCUCCGGACACUUCAUCGCCGAGCACUACAUGUUCCUCAAGGGCCAUGAAACCUACUCCUACUACGGUUCCCUCAAUCUGCUCACCUUCAAUGUGGGCUACCACAACGAACACCACGACUUUCCCAGCAUUCCUGGACGAAGGCUGCCCAUGGUGAAACAAAUAGCAGCAGAGUACUACGAUGAGCUCCCUCAGUACACGUCCUGGGUCAAGGUCCUGUACGACUUCAUCAUGGACGACACGCUCAGCCCGUUCUCUCGGGUCAAGAGGAAGGUCAAAGGAGACGUCAAACUGGAGUAGUUUUUUUGGAAACAAGACUAACACUUGAACUCACGUGGUUGAAGAUUUGAGUUUGGUCCCAAAGUACGCCGCUCCUUCUACUCUACCAUGAAUAUGGAACAUUGUUACGCUUUAUGGCCUUGGUCUGGUACGCUGGUUAGGUCAAACUCAUCAGGGCACAAAUCACACCGCUAACUUUUGGUUGGGGGGUCGUGAAAAACAUUUAGCAGUUUUGACUUUUUAAUGAAAAACCCUGACUUUAGUUUCUACUCAAUUGGGACACUUUAACCAUAAACCAUAACUCAUCCUGACCCGACACGCCCUCAUCAUGAAUCAUCUAUAUCCAUAUUUCUGCUGCCAAAGGCACCCUUCUCUCUAUUUGCCACUAACGAGUGAUAACGGAAUAUGAUCCAUAAACGCAUGGAAUCACAGUCACGUGUAGAAGUUCACACUUAUGCAUCACAUAGCGACUAUGGUGCCUUCAAGGACCGCUCAACAAAGUGCGACAUAUCAACACUCAAGGAAGAAAGAAGCUUAAAAAAUCCCCAAAAACAGUGGUAUUCAUAUUUCACCUGUAUUAUGAACUAUUUAUAAAUUAUUCUUUUCUUAGUAAAUAAAUCUGAAGCUUCUUUGGAUUAAUCAUUAGGCACCAAGAGUCAAUUAAUCUGAAGCUUCUUUGGAUUAAUCGUUAGGCCCCAAGAGUCAAUUAAUCUCAAGAUUCUUUGGAUUAAUCGUUAGGCCCCAAGAGUCAAUUAAUCUGAAGCUUCUUUGGAUUAAUCGUUAGGCCUCAAGAGUCGAUUAAUCUGAAGCAUUUGUGGAUGAAUGGGUCACCAAUACCAAAGUCGUCAAUACCUCAUCGAUCGAUUGUUGCAGCGAACGCUGAAGUGCGAUUGUGGGCGAUCCAGCUAAGAAUCUAAUCUAACCCAAAAGUAGCCCGUGAUCACAUGAUCACAGAGGAUUUAUUUACGUGAGCAGAAAGAAAGGUCACAUUGGCGUUCCUUCUUCUCCUUCCUUGCCUUUUGAAAUCUUUGCAUCCAAUAUUUCACAUUUAUGAGUCCACCAUGAUGGAAAGGCUGAAGUCCCGCCUUUUUUCAUUGGUGGUCUUCGUCCAAAUGACUAAAUACUUGUAUCGAUAAAUGUAUAUUCCUACUCCCAAUCAAUCAUGUCUGUACAGACUAAAACGGAAUAAAAUGAUCAAUUACAACUCAUGAAA